CUCAUCAUUCAUCAAAUGCCAUAGUACAAAAAGCAUCCAUUAUUAAAUAAAGAAGCUCAUCACUUCAAUCAGUAACGCAAAAAUCAGUUUCUCUUUGUACAAGAGUUUAAUUACAAUCACCAACACAGGCAAGUCUAUGAUCAUGGCUUCAUCUGCUGCUGCAUCGAUCUCUAUGUUAACUCUAAGGAACUUCUCUCGCAAUCAUCAAUCUCACGAGAGCUCUCUCCUAGGUCUCUCCAGAUCAUUCCAUAACCUAAGGAUCUCAUCUAACGGUCCAGGUUCCUCCCCUAGAGGUUUCUUCAGAACCUUUUGCAGCAGCAGCAGUAGUGAGAACUCCAGACCAACUAAAAUUCAAGAACUGAACGUGUAUGAGUUCAACGAAGGAGAUAGAAACAGCCCAACGGUUCUAAAACUCGGGAAAAAACCAGAUCAGCUUUGUCUCGGCGAUCUUGUCCCCUUCACAAACAAACUCUACACAGGAGAUCUCACGAAACGCAUAGGAAUCACCGCAGGUCUCUGCGUUUUGAUCCAGCACGUUCCAGAGAAGAAAGGUGAUCGCUUUGAAGCUUCUUACAGCUUCUACUUCGGAGAUUACGGUCACAUUUCAGUACAAGGACCUUAUCUCACUUACGAGGACACGUUUCUAGCCAUCACUGGUGGCUCCGGCGUCUUCGAAGGAGCUUAUGGACAGGUCAAACUUCGUCAGCUUGUGUAUCCGACGAAGCUGUUUUACACUUUUUACUUAAAAGGUGUUGUUGCUGAUUUGCCGGUUGAGCUUACCGGAAAACAUGUUGAGCCGUCGAAGGAUGUGAAGCCGGCGGCUGAAGCUCAGGCGACUCAGCCCGGUGCCACGAUCGCUAACUUUACUAAUUGAAAUCAACUUAUCACUGUGUGCGUCUUAGUCAUGGACCUUUUAUGGGCUGUUUCACUGUGUUAAAUUUUUAAUAAUGGGCCUUUGUAUUGGGCUUUUAAUGGAUAUUAAUGUGUAUUAUACUCGAGUUGCUGCUUCUGUAAGCUUUAAACGUUCAAGUGCGUGAACUCCACCACCCAAGAGUUUUGUAGA